AUGGACUCCUUUCGACACGCCCGCAAUCGCGCCGCCUGCAGGCGCUGCCAGCGUCGGAAGAUCCGCUGCGAUGGCAUCACCCCCGCCUGUGGCGCAUGCCGGACAUCCGGGGUGGCUUGCGCCAACGAUGGCAAGCAGAAGGUCCCUCGCUCGUAUAUUGCGAACAUGGAGAACCGGAUCAAGUGGCUGGAAUCGAUUCUCAGGGAGCGAUGCGCGACUGUGGACCUCAGCACUGGUCCGGAGAGGCACUCCGGGGCAUUGGAUGACUCGCUCAUCGAGGAUACUCUACCAAACCAUUUUUCUCCACAGGCACCGGAAAUGAGCCAGGCUGCUCUGUCCAACCCGAAUCAGUCGACCACGCAACCUACGGCUCUCUCGCGUGGGGGCAUCCCCGCUAUAGUGGUUCCUCCAGUGGAUAUUUCUGCGCCAAGCGCAUUUUCUCGAACACCGGCUGGCGUGGACGACAGGAAGAAUCUGCCGGUCGAACUACUGAACCCGCCCACGCCGUUGCCACCACAGAAGGAGGUCGCUGUCGAGCUCUCGACCACAUAUUUCCGGACCGUUCAUCUGUUCUACCCGUGCCUCCACGAGCAACACCACAUGGAACUGCUGGACGAAGUGUAUCGAUCCCCGGAGGCGAAUCCCAUCCGCUCAUUUCAGGUGUUACUACGCCUUGGCGACGAAGUACGUCGACGCGGUCUGCCACGAGGGGUCCCUGGCUACCUGCAGUGCCUGUUGCUGCUCCUGGUCUACGCUUUGUACAACCCGUCCUGCAAUGUCAACAUCUGGAAUCUGAACUACCAGUGCCUGGCGAGUGUCAUUGACCUGGGAUUGCAGCGCGAUGUUCGCGCCUCGCCCUCGUACCCAAUCUCCCUGUUCGCCCAGGAGAUACGCACGCGGGUGUUCGGGGUGGCCUACACGUUAAAUCGCACGGUCUGCACGACGAUCGGUCGCCCGAUUGGGCUCCGAGACGAAGCGUUUCCCCUGGGACCUCCCCGACAGCCACCUCCGGAGCGGACCUGCCCACCCGCCGGCCCCCCAGCCAGCCCCCUCCCACAUAGUAUCCUGAGGAGUAUCGGCGAGCACUGGACGGACUGCAUCGCGCAGCUGUCGCAUGUGAAGAUGCAGCAGCGGUUGCUGGGGAGCCAGCCGGGUGCGCGGGAGAUGGCCUCGCCGGUGCGCCAUCGCUUCGGGGGGAGGUGGUGCAGCCUCAUUACCAGGGCUUUAGGUCGGAGGGAGGGUACCCGCUGUCGGGGGUCCGGCUGUACAACCUUUUUCUGCUACCGCCGCAUCUCCGCCAUCGGAGGUUUGAAUUUGUUUGAUGAUCUGUCGCGGAGUGAUUUCCAGGGCUGGGACGGGGUGUCGGAUCUAGAUGGGUGGAUACGCGAGAUUCUUGGUGGCUCGCAUCCGGAGAACUGA